AUGGGUUCUUUCGGCGACUGUCGCGACCUAUGCAACGUGUACGCUGAGCAAAACCCAAUUUCAGCUCCCUUGGAUCACCUCUUCCUCUGUCCGGCCGAGCUUAAGGAUAAGACCGAUCUUUCAAAGUGGCCGCGUCAUGAAGUGACCAUCGAUGGGUCCAAAUGUUCCAGUCACAAGGAGCUGCUCGCUGAAGAGGACAGGGCUCAAUUUUUCCAGUGCCUUACUGAUGUCGUGAACAUCACCACUCAUGCUAUGGAUACCAUUGGCCUCAGUCCCGCUCUCAGUGAUGGGACUCUGCUCGGGUGGUACCGCCAUCAUAAGGGGUACAUACCGUGGGACGUUGACGCGGAUACUUCUAUCAUGAAGGCUGAUUGCCGAGAUUCUUUUAAAAAAUACGCCAAACCUGAACACAAGAAUAUUGCCCAGGUUCUGCAAGAGCGCAUGCCGGACGAUAAGCACUUCAGAGUGCGAGGCAUCAAGUACAUGGUCGGCUCUGAAUUGGGCGAGGAUGACUGGGAAGGUUGCGAGAAUCCCGAGUUUCGAGUAGUCCAUUCUCUCAACGGCACCAACUGCCAUGUCGAUAUCUUCCAAAUGCUGCAGUCAACGGACCCCGAAGCUCCUUGCACGAGCUGCCCUGGUUACAAUGACGGUGCUGUUACCGUCUGCAGAACUGCCAAUGGGGGAGUUUGCGGCUUAAAAAGCGACUAUGAGCCCUCCACAUGGGACCGAUUGGACUGGGGUGACUGCAAAAUCCCCAACAAUCCGGUGGGAGCUCUUGAGUCGCAGUAUCCUGGUCCUGGCAUUGAGCUCAAUAACCUCAAGUUGAUUCCGGGUAACUACAAGUAUGGUGCACAAAUGCUCGUGGUGGGCCGUCCUGUCGACGCCUACGGUAAUGAUAUCGGCGAUGUUACGUCCCCUAUUAAUCUACCUUCGCUUCGUGGAAGCGAUGAUGGUACUAUGCAGGAGAUCCUCACGACACUUCAGAAUCUCGCGAAGGAAGGUUGGCUCGGACGAUUGAAUCGACAAUAUGAGAUUAUGAUAUUUGCCGCGUUGGCAAUAACUUGUGCAGCCAUUCUCAUUUGUUUAGUUGUUUGUAUAUACAAGCGUCAUAGCACUGUUGAUAACCUUCCCCUGCCUUCUGCUGUUGCUGCUGCUUAUGGUGACGGCAGCGGUACUGCAAUACCAAUAGAGUAG